UAUUAAUAUAUUUCAGGCAGAAUGCAUAGUUCAACCUUGGGCUCGUCUCAGUCUCAUUCUUUUUGGGUAACCCUCACCCUGUACAUUUAUACUAAAGGAUGUAGAAUCGAUUUAAAGCUUUAUAAAAUGUGUGACUCCCUGUUUCAAAAAAGCUGUUAGUUGUAGUGCACUAGCCUGCACCCAUACUAACAUGGAUAAAUAUAAACGACCAGGGCUUUAUGAUGACAUUUAUUAUUUCUUACGUUGCAACCAACAAGUGCAUAAACCAGUUUUUCAGUUUCUUUCUUGAGUCGAGACAGUUCUGUAUGCGCGAAGAAAGCCAAGUGUAGGGCUGUGCAAACGAUAAAAAGUUUAUUAAAAUUAGGAUGAAAUGUCGCUAACCAACCGGAAACCCCUGUACUAAUUUCCGUAAUAUUUACUAUAUACUCUAAACUAAAAUAAACAGUUUUUGGAAUUUGAAAUAAACCCCUUUUUUAGAUGAAAGCAGGGCAGGGGCAAAGUUCCAUUGAAUCCAUUCAUAAACGAAAAUGUAUGAAAAAUAACUGAAAUUUUCGUAAACGAACUUAAUAUUGAUAGGCCUAUUCGUUACAUUAAUUCAACUAACCAUUAAAGAACCGGUUAGAAAAGUAACAGUGUUUUCAGUCCUACACAAGUGUAAGUUGCGUAUUAUUUGCAAAAGAUUUGUGCGUUUACUGAAAAGUUUCAGAAUAAAUGAGAAUGUAAUGAGAAGAAAAAAGUUCUACUUUAAAAAUCAACAUCUGGAUCAAUGUCAGAAGCAAACGCUUUUCUGGAUAAAAGCGACAAAAUAAUAAGAAAUGAAGAGGGAAUUUGAAGUUGAAGGGAGGCUGGAAAAUAAAAUAUUUCGGCCAGGAUUUUUUAUUUUUUGAGACUUUUUAAACAUCCUUUUCAACCCCCCUUUAACUAUAUUUAAAUAUAUAUUAUUUACAAUGUUAUAUUUGCAAUGUUAGACUACGAAAAUGGAAUGACAAUUUUAUGAUUUUUUUACAAGCUUUCACAGCAAAUCAAAGCUUAAUAUGCUGACAAAUUCAGAGACAAAUACACAUUAGAGAAGUAAUAUUAGCUGCAGCACUCAGUAUUUAGAGAAGUAGUAUUAGCUGCAGUAAUCAGUAAUUAGAGAAGUAAUAUUAGCUGCAGCAUUCAGUAAUUAGAGAAGUAAUAUUAUCUGCAGCAAUCAGUAAUUAGAGAAGUAAUAUUAGCUGCAGCAAUCAGUAAUUAGAGAAGUAAUAUUAGCUUCAGCAAUAAGUAAUUAGAGAAGUAAUUUUAGCUGCAGCAAUCAGUAAUUAGAGAAGUAAUAUUAGCUUCAGCAAUCAGUAAUUAGAGAAGUAAUAUUAUCUGCAGCAAUCAGUAAUUAGAGAAGUAAUAUUAGCUGCAGCAAUCAGUAAUUAGAGAAAUAAUAUUAGCUUCAGCAAUCAGUAAUUAGAGAAGUAAUAUUAUCUGCAGCAAUCAGUAAUUAGAGAAGUAAUAUUAGCUUCAGCAAUCAGUAAUUAGAGAAAUAAUAUUAUCUGCAGCAAUCAGUAAUUAGAGAAGUAAUAUUAGCUGCAACAAUCAGUAAUUAGAGAAGUAAUAUUAGCUGCAGCAAUCAGUAAUUGGAGAAGUAAUAUUAGCUUCAGCAAUCAGUAAUUAGAGAAGUAAUAUUAGCUGCAGCAAUUAGUAAUUAGAGAAGUAAUAUUUGCUGCAGCAAUCAGUAAUUAGAGAAGUAAUAUUAUCUGCAGCAAUCAGUAAUUAGAGAAGUAAUAUUAUCUGCAGCAAUCAGUAAUUAGAGAAGUAAUAUUAGCUGCAACAAUCAGUAAUUAGAGAAGUAAUAUUAGCUGCAGCGAUCAGUAAUUAGAGAAGUAAUAUUAGCUUCAGCAAUAAGUAAUUAGAGAAGUAAUAUUAGCUGCAGCAAUCAGUAAUUAGAGAAGUAAUAUUAGCUGCAGCACUCAGUAAUUUGAAAAGUUUAGGUUUAAUUGUAAUUAAUACUCCCAUUAGCAGAACUUUAUAGAUAAAAUGAAGCAAGAAACAGACUGAUCCAAAAUAUGAAAAACUUAAAUUCUUUAGGUUUCCUUGUUGGAUCUUUACUCUUGAUAUAUCCUAAAGUAACAGGAGUUCGAGACAUAACUAAAGAUAAUUAUAAUAUUGAUGAAAUAGAUGACGUUGACAACAGAUUAUGGAAUGCUUACAGAAGACGACCAACUUAUUUAAUCCUUGCAUCAAGAAUUAUACGUCCAUCUUCUAUAUAUCAGAUAGUAGUGAAUCUGUACGCUGAAGCUGAACCUAUGAGAGUAAAAGCAUCUUUGUCUCGCGAUGGAGUGGAGGUGUCUGGGUCGGAUGAAUUCCUCUCUUCUCUGGAGGCAAAAUCUAUUCUACUCCAGGUUCCUGAAGGGAAUAGCCAGGAAUACUCAUACAAACUUAGAGUAGAGGGUUUUAGUCAGGAUUCUGCUGCACUAUUGUUCCAAAAUGAAACUCGCCUAGAAUUUACAAAUAGGUUUCUGGCAAUAAUUAUUUCUACAAAUAAAGUCGUGUUCACUGCUCUACAUACAAUGAGGGUUCGAGCAGUAUUGUUGAGAACUGAUCUCUUGCCCUAUGAGGAGGUAGCUGAUAUAUUUAUCCUGGAUCCAGACCAGUUUAUUAUCAGGAAAUGGCAUUCUAAGCAGUUAAACAAUGGAGUCCUCACUGCAGAUUUUGAGUUACCUGAGUUUCCAAAAGUUGGUUUCUGGACUAUUCGAGUAGUAGCUCAAGGGCAAAUAGAGGAGAAAAAGGUAAAAGUAGAGAAGUAUUAUGUUCCAAAAUUUGAAACUUUUGUUAGUAUGCCUGCCUUCCAUUUUCCUUCAGAAUCUCAUGUUGAGGUAAUAGUCUAA